AUGCGCGCCGGUGGCCACAGCAGCAAAAUGAAACCAUUUGGAGAAGUCGCGGCGAAACCGACGGCCGCAUCUCACGAUGAGAACACGCCGAACCACGAACACGGCGAUCGGCUCGCUGUCGACGAAGAAGUCGCGAGUCGCCUCGUGACGCUGCAGGCGGACAAGUGCAGAGCUAUAGGCAACACAGGCACUCGCCACAUGGAGACGAAAGCUCUUCUCCGCCCAGCCGCGUGGCGUCAACCGUCAAUCACCACCACCUGCGAUGCCGCAGACUCGAUUCAAGGGAGUGUCUCCCUUCCGUCUACAAGGACAGCGUCACAGCGCACGCUGCCGACGCGGACGGAUGAGUGCAUGCGCCGGACGGGCAUCGCCGAGACGGCGGGCGACGCGUUCCCUCCCAUCCAGUUGAUAGACGUACGGCGUGGCGCGCGGGGCGACCAGCGGAGGCUGCGCUGCAGCGGCAUCUCGGCGCUACGCGAGUGCGGAGGAGACGGUGAGCGAGAUGAUCAAGGCAGGAAGGAGCUGCAGAAGGCUUUCGCGGCUGGCGACGUGGCGAAGCUCAUGGGCGCGCGCCGCCGCAUGGAGGCUCACGAACGCGGUCACACCCGCGGAGGACCGCGAGGCUCCUUGCCAAGGGCACGCACGGAGCUACAGCGCAUCGCCGCUACGCUGGACCCGCUGUCGCACAAGUUCCUGCCGCACGAGGCUAACGAUCUGGACGAGAAGCUGUCGAAGGAGGUGAAGGUGAUGAAGGCGACGGAGGUGAACCCUAUCUGCACGGCUGCCGUGUGGGCACUGUACAUCACGGAGGUGGCCAAGGAGGACAGCUCGGUCACCUACUACAAGGCGGAAGUGGCGAUCGCGGUGCUGCGUGCCUCAAAGCUGGCACAAUAG